AUGGGCAAGGGCUGCGACCAGCAGGACUCAAAAAUCCCUGUUGGCUGGGGAAGUGACCAAGGGAUUGGAGGAUUUGGAGAGGAACCAGGGAUUAAAGCCCAGCUGACGAACCUCAUUCGAUCUGUCCGAACCGUUAUGAGAGUGCCGUUAAUAGCAGUGAACUCCAUUACAAUCGUUCUCCUCCUGUUGUUUGGGUGAAGAUACCCGGUGGAAAUCUUUUGGACACCCAAAGAAGCGUGUUGCUAACCAUCACUGCUCUGAGUUUUCUGGGAUCCAGCACGGUUUAGCUCUCGAUUUGACAUUCAACUUAAAAUAAUAAAGACACUAUUUCUAUUUAUCCUAUUUCCUAAUGUCCGCUUGCAGUUUCAUUAAACAAGACAAUGGGAUCAAUGCAACAACGCUGCAAAUGUAUUGGACUAUGACAAGUUCUGUUGCUGCCCGUUAACGGCGUUGACCGUUAGAGUACGCGUCGUAACAUAUCGCGAUGGUUGUCGAUGGGUUUUUAAAUGUCUUGUUACUCAGGGAUGGAUUUCCUUCGGUACGCUUCCCAAUUUAUUUUUAAAUUAAGAAAAACAACAGUGUUUUUAAUUUCAAUUACUACCACAGUACUGUUUAAGAGGAUAUGAAUUAGGCUCUACAAACACGUUGCGAAUUACCGGAGUACAGUUGUGAUACUGAGGGAGACAAAAACUAGCUGGGUGAAGUCCUGAUUCAGUUCGCGUUGCAAGUCGAAUGUUCCUGGUUAGGCUGAGAACAGGAUUUUUGGUGUUUGGUAGUCUUUUAAAAUCAAUAAUGUUUCAUGCUGAUGGUGAAGUGAGUUGAAAAUAGGUGCAAUUGCUAUGCAAAAUCUGAAGAAGCUGUACCUAAAGCUGGGCAACUCUGUGUUCAUUUAGACUAGCGGGUGACACUAGCGAUCAGCGUUUGUUCCUGUUCUGUCAAGGAUUAUUAGACUUUUUAAAACGUGUGUUAAACCUCCGUGCGGUUAUUAGCGUGUUGGAAGGGGGGAGCCAUUUGUAUUCUGAGCUUCUUGGGCAAUGUGGGAGGGGAAUACUGUGCCCUUUUCCGAUGCAAUUCUUUGUUAAAACCCAGCAAAUUCGCAGCCUCUCCUAUUCCUGCCGCUGCUUCCCCCACCCUCCAUCUUCCUUUGUUAAAUUAACAGCUUCGAAACUGAAACUGUGGGUGUGAUCUUGCAGUCCUGUCGCAGAGAAUAUGACUAAUUGCUUUGGUACGGAUCUCGUCUCAAUUAAGACUGCUGGGUUAGGUCCAAUGUUGUGUAGCAAGUUUGAAUUGAAGAAUUCUGAUUCUCAUGUACCUUUUUUAGAAAAGUUAGAAGUCUCAUGUCUGUUCCUCUGCUAAAGUGUUUUAGCUUAUUUUUAAAGUGGGGGAGGCCAAAGGAAACCUGGCAGUUUCAUUAUUUUAAAGCAGCUUAGUUUAUCAUCUCUUCUUCGACGUCUUCAUGACUAAAGUGUACGCUGUUGUAUACAAAGAUAAAUCUGUAAAAUGUGUAAAUGAAUUUAAUGAUCUUCAGUUGCAGUGUUUUGCAGAGUAGAGUAUAUCCAGGAGGAGAGUUUUAUGUUGUUUCCUUUUUCUAGUGAAAACUUGUAAAUAAAUUCUGAAUUUCUAAGUU